CUCGUAUGUUCCUUUUAUAAGCUGUGGUCUAUCGGAGCCCUCAUAGCAACUUUUACAUAACCUCCAAGCAUGCUUCUAGUUUUCCUGGUUGAUACACAUUGGCACAUAUCCGAAUUUGGUAAAUGAGAAAUAGAUGCCAAAGUCCAAAGCAGUUGUCCAGAAAUGUCAACAGGGGGCUUGUCUUUUACUUGGGUUACUUAAAAAAAUAUAUACUGAGUUAUCUGAGCUUUGCUUUAAUUUAAUGAUUAACAGGCAGAAAUGCAGAAACUUUAAAUGAUCCAAGUGCAACAAAAACUGAGUAACCUGCAUCAUGUCCGAAAAACCAAUUUGCAUUGCUGACUUUGAGGAACAUGCUAAGAAAUUUCUUCGGAAAUCUGUGUAUGACUACUAUAAGUCUGGAGCUGAUGAUCAGCAGACCUUAGCUGAAAAUGUAUCUGCAUUUUCAAGGUAAAUAAAUAAGUUUGCAUGUAAUUAAAUGGGGCAAUGGGGAAUAUGAAGCUCUGAAGCAUGUCUGUAAUGGAGUUAAGCUGCAGUGACAGUGGACAGCUUGGUUGUCUACAGGAGUCAUGCUUAACUGCUGCUGGAGCUUCUGGCUAAAUAGUCUUAACUUUCCACUUUCACCGUGUCCAUGUCUGGUGGGUACUGAGUUGGAGUAAGCAGUUCGGACAACCGCGCUGUGCGCCAAAGGCUGCUUUUUGAGUGACUGAUAAGGGUGGGGUUAUCUUGAUACACCUGUUCUCUCAACCCAACAAUUUCCCCCUUCUUUUCUUCACCAUGGAAAGAAGCAACAGCUUCAUUGCACCUCUCUUUGUCUCCUUGACUGUUGAGAUGAAGGGGUAUUGAAGAGAAAUGGCCAACAUAGGUGCAUUAUACAUGGAAGGAAAGAAGAAUGUCUUCCUGAGGGAGGCUUGUAUGCCUCUAUUUCUUAACAUACCUUUUUUUAUUCAUCCAAGCCUUUUAAAUUACAGUCGUACAUUGGAUCUCAAACGCCUUGGCUCCUGAACAAAAUCAGCUCCUGAACAAAACCCGGAAGUGAGUGUUCCGGUUUUCAAACUAUUUUUGGAAGCCGAACGUCUGAUGAGGCUUCCGCAGCUUCCGUAGCUUCCUGAGGAAUAAGGCCACCAUUUGGGAGGGCUCACCCAACUGAGAAAUAACUCCUUACAUUUAACCAGGGUAUUUGAGUUAGCUAGGCUAUAAGCUUGGGCACUGGGUAAUAAUGGCAUCUGACACUGCAUGGUUUCCUUUUGUUGGCCCAGCAUGCUGGAGAUGGGAAAUUGCAAUUUCUCCUGACAGAAUCCUUGCUUUUCUGCCUAGCAAGCAGGCUGUACUCUGCCCACUGAGAAAAGGAUGGAAAGGGCAGGGCCCUACAAUCGAGGCCCAAUUGGUCUGUUGUAUAUUUUAAUUUUUUAUUCUUAUUUAUUAAAUUUGCAUGUCGCCUUUCAUCCAUAGAUCACAGGGUGGCUCACAACCUAAAAAUAAAUGAUAAAAAAACAAUGUUUUGAAAACUGCCAUCACAUUACUUCAGAAUAAUGGCAUAGCUGAAGUUCAGAUUUUGCAAAUGGCAAAACUUGGCUAGAAACCACAUUAAGCUUUUAUUUUCCGCCAUCUUUCUUGUAAUAUAUAAAAAUGGAAUGAGCAAAUCUCAAAUACACAGAACUGUGAACCCUCAAAUGACUUAUGGUUGGAAACCUGCCUUCCUGUAUUAUCUGAACCCCUGAAGGUCAACUUGUCAGAUGCUUUGUUAUCCUCUUGUAACAGAAGAAAAAUCAUUUUGACACACUCUAGGUCCUUAUUUUCCUGGAUGGAACCUAGGAAUUAAUCUCUGGCUACUUCUGAUCACAACAGCUAAGUUCAGUGUUUUUUCUCGGUGCUGAAUAACGUUUUCUGUUAGGAAGGCCGUCACCCUGCGCCUGAUCAUAUGCAUGAACUAAGAAAUAUAUUAGCUGAAGAAUGAGAACCAGUGGCUGAAAAUAAACACACUGCAUUCUAGAAGUCUAUCCAUGCUCUUUCCCAUGACAUGGAUGCAGCAAGAAGGAUGUAAAUGUAACAUAAAAGUUAAGGUGAAUAUUAUCAAGUGGUCACAAUCAGAAAACAUUUUAAAGCAUUGUACUAGGAUGCCAUUCAGUCUGUGAGUCCACAUUUGCCCUGAGAGAAAGGUCUUGCCCCUUGGACAAAACCAAGUGCCACCAGAAUGUUGCUGGACUCCAAAUUCCCAUCAAUCUCAGUUUCCAUUACCAAUGUCAUGGGAUGAUGAGAGUGCUAGUUCAACGACAUCCAGAGGACACCAUAUUGCCAACCCCUGAAAAAUCACUUCGGCUGAGCUGGGAAAGCUAUAGAACCAAGGAAAAUGUUCAACAGAUUAGCUUAUGGCAUUUCCCUCCUACUGCAAUGCGCUCUAUGUGGGGCUAACUCUGAAGGUGACCCGGAAACUACAACUAAUCCAGAAUGCGGCAGCUAGACUGGUGACUGGGAGUGGCCGCCGAGACCAUAUAACACCAGUCCUGAAAGACCUACAUUGGCUCCCAGUACGUUUCCGAGCACAAUUCAAAGUGUUGGUGCUCACCUUUAAAGCCCUAAACGGCCUCGGCCCAGUAUACCUGAAGGAGCGUCUCCACCCCCAUCGUUCAGCCCGGACACUGAGGUCCAGCGCUGAGGGCCUUCUGGCAGUUCCCUCCCUGCGAGAAGUGAAGUUACAGGGAACCAGACAGAGGGCCUUCUCGGUAGUGGCGUCCGCCCUGAGGAACGCCCUCCCAUCAGAUGUCAAGGAAAUAAACAAAUAUCUGACUUUUAGAAGACAUCUGAAGGCAGCCCUGUUUAGGGAAGUUUUUAAUGUUUGAUGUUUUAUUGUGUUUUUAAUAUCCUGUUGGAAGCUGCCCCGAGUGGCUGGGGAAACCCAGCCAGAUGGGCGGGGUAUAAAUAAUAAUGAUGCUGCUGAUUAUUACUAUUAUUAUUAUUCAAGUACUUCCAUGCACUGUCACAUCACUUUGUAGAGCUCAACUGUUGUGGCAUUUCUCAAUGCUCAUCUUCUAGGUUUCAGUUAAAAGCCUGUGCUGGCAUGCUUUCGAACUCCUAGGUUGGCAGGAGCUGGGACAGAGCAACGGGAGCUCACCCCGUCACAAGGAUUCAAACCACCAACCUUCUAAUCGGCAGGCUCAGUGGUUUAGACCACAGCACCACCCGCGUCCCCGUAAAAGCCUCUAAUAAGGAAAUAAAGAUAAAGCAUUAUAUGGACCAAGCUAGUGAUAGCUGAAUCAUAAUUUUCAGUGCCCUGCUUCCUUCCACUAUGAGGGCCAUUGUUGUCAAGGCCACAAAAUAAUAUGAAUGGGGUACUAAAUAAUCUUUGAUCCGAGAUAUAAUAUGCUCACGGGCUGGCAAGAUGGAUUGCUAUCUCUUCCGUGUCCUUUCAUUCCCUGCCACUGAUCAGCAGUGAAGUUGAUGAAUAUUUGGAUGGGGAGGUGUGAGGGUUGUGCAUGCAAUGCAGUAACUUUUUGCUUUGUUGAUUGUCGUGGAGUCAAGAGGCUAUGGUCUCCCAGGGAGUCAGCAGUUAGGAUUUCAGGCUGGUGGCUUAAGCCAUGAGACAAAUUGAGAUGUGGCUGCUUCCCACUCUCUUUGGACUUAGUUAUCAUAAAAGAAUUCUAAAGAUCUGCAGUGUGGAUGAUGGCACCAGCGUUUUUGUAACAAUUUGUGAACACGCUGUUUUGAAAUCUGCCCCCCGCCAAACAAGAGAUAACUGAGCUGGCUUCACCCUCUCCAGGUUAGUGCUGGGGAACUAAAAAAAGAUUGUCCUCCAAUAUUUCUGUUCUUGGUGGGUAAAAUUCUAUCCCAAAGUCUCCUUCAGCCAGAUCGUUUCUUCGAAAAUAGAUUUUAUGGCAAGGUCAUGACGCCUGUGGGUCUGAUGACAUUCAAGGAAAUCAAUUUGAAACCACAUCUUUCAGCAUUUUAAAUGAGAGUGGGAGAAAAUGAUCAAACCUCUGAUAAUCGGUUCCGACACAUUGCAUCCCUGACUUUCCCAAAGCCUUUGGACAAUGAGCUACCCUUCGCUGAUAAAUGUGGGACCAAUGACAGCUUGUUUACCAAAGUUGUUCACACAAUGCGUGUCAUUGCUUCCCUGAAGCUGAGUGCGAGGAAGGUCACCGAAAUGAGACUUUGUCUCAAACAUGGUGAGGAAGGAAUGGGAGGCUAUGCAGAGUUCAAGGCUCCUAACAGACAAUGAUACAGACAACUGGUACAUCGAGAAUACAUGGUUGAGCUGUUUACUAAAACAUUUCUGAGGAACACAGAGAAGCUAGUGGAGGCUUAACAACACACAAUGCAACAUGGUUUAAUGACUUUCCCAUUCUGAAUGUUUUGGCAUAGGUUAUUCCAUUUCUCAGGAGUGGCUUUAAAGAGCACAACCAGGACUAUAUUUAUUGUGGCAUCAGUCUACCUGUCUCAGUGCUUAAAGGUAAAGGUAAAGGUAAAGGGACCCCUGACCAUUAGGUCCAGUUGUGGCCGACUCUGGGGUUGCGGCGCUCAUCUCGCUUUAUUGGCCGAGGGAGCCGGCGUACAGCUUCCAGGUCAUGUGGCCAGCAUGACUAAGCCGCUUCUGGCGAACCAGAGCAGCGCAUGGAAACGCUGUUUACCUUCCUGCUGGAGUGGUACCUAUUUAUCUACUUGCACUUUGAUGUGCUUUCGAACUGCUAGGUUGGCAGGAGCUGGGGCGGAGCAAUGGGAGCUCACCCCAUCGCGGGGAUUUGAACCGCCGACCUUCGGAUCGGCAAGCCCUAGGCUCUGUGGUUUAACCCACAGCGCCACCUGCGUCCAAUGUCUCAGUGCUUAUGCUUUAUAAAAAGAACAUCCAAUUCCAGGGAAUGCAAUAGGUUGUUGGGACAGGUGAAACAUGACUGGUUCCUGGAGCUUGUGAUGUUAUUGAAAUACUUUCUGUAGUUAGCAACAGUUAAGUCUGCAGCCACUUUCACAUCAUACCUAGGUCUAGGAUACCACUUUAAGCGCUCACAACUCCUCCAAAGAAUUCUGGGAGCUGUAGUUUGUUUAGCUGUUGGGAGAUGCCUGUUCCCUGCCCCAAGAGCUACAAUUUCCAGAGUGGUUUAACAACCAGUCCCUCUUCACAGGAAACUGAAAAUUGUAAAUGUGAUGGAGAAUGGGGCUCCAUAAGAACUCUCAAUGCCCUUAACAAACCCCAGAAUUCUUUGAGGGAAGCCAUGAUGGUUUAAAGUGAUACUGUAGCACCUUAAAUGCAUGGUGUGAAAGCGGCCUCUGAUUCCUUCAGCAGUUGCGCAGCCUCGGCGAUGGCCAAAGUCCCAGCCCGAAACCCCUAAUGGCUGACAAUAUGCCUGCAUUGUAGGAUGUAGCGUAUUUUCACUCCAUAAGAUGCGCUCCCCCCCAAAAAAAAAGUAAGGGGAAAUGUCUGUGUGUCUUAUGGAGCGAUUGUGUGGUUCCUGGAGCCGAAUUGCCCAGGGGCAAAAAGCAGGUUGUGCUUUUUUUUUUUUUUUUUGAAAGAGGGAAGUGGGUGUUGAAACAAAGCCGCUGAUCGUUUGCUGAUCGGGGAGAGAGAUAAGGAGACGGUAGAAAUAAAGGAGGCUGCCUGGGAGGGGGGAGGUAAAGACAGCAAACUUGCAAAGGGGGAAAACAGGAAGAUUAAAGCAAUAAGGAGAGAAAUUAGAAGAAAAGGAGGAGCAAAAAACUGCUCCAGCUAAGGAAAAGACACAACACUAAGGCAAACAAGAGGGAAGGGAGUGUUGAAAGGAAAUAUCUGAUCGGUGGGAUCAGAAGAGAGAUAAGGGAGGCUAGCGGAGACUGCCUGGGAGGGGGAGGUAAAAGUCCAUGGAUCCUCAGGAUUUUUGCAUUGGGUCACCCCAAAUUCACCUUCAGAUCACAUAGCAUGUCCAUGGCUACAGCCAGCACCAAAAAAAUCACGCAUCCACUGUUUCCUGGGUCUGCAAUGGUGCAAAAAUGUGGUUACAAAGCACGGAUCCACAUGGAUCCUCAGGAUUUUUGCAUUGGGUCACCCCAAAUUCACCAUCAGAUCACAUGUCUGUGGCCACAGCAUGAACCACAAAAAUCAUACACCCACUGUUUCAUUCAGAAUAUUUUUUUCUUGCUUUCCUCCUCGAAAAACUAGGUGCAUCUUAUAGUCUGCUGCGUCUUACGGAGCGAAAAAUACGGUAACUUGCUUUCCCGCCAGACCUUCUUUACCUGCCAAAAGUUGAAAAGUGUGUGUUGACCCGCCUCUUUACAUUUCUAGAACUUGGAACUCGCCACCCAAAUUAUCCUCUCCUGGGUAUCUGCACACCACCUGAAAGUUAAGGAAGAGCUAUAGGGACAGAACUACCUAAAUUGUAUAGAAAUUUAUUUAUGUAAGCUACUACAGGGGCAAGAAUGUUACUUGCCCUAAAAUGGAAAGAAGCAGAAGAUAACAAACUUUUUAUAAAAUCAUGGAAAUGGUUUAUUGAAUGUUUACAUAUAAAUUGCAAACAGAUGAAAACAUUGGCAGGAUUAUUGUAAUAACCUGCAGUUUCAUAAGAGUUUAUAUUUGAACUAGAUAAUUAAAUGAGCAAAUUAAACGAAUUUGGAUAUGCAGAAGAUAUUAAAAAAUAAAUUUAAGGAACUGCAGAAAGAGGGGGGAAGGAAGUCAAACUUUGAAAUGUUAAAAUGAUUGCAAAAUUAAUGAAAUGUAUAAACUUGAAAAGUAUAAGUAAAAACUUUUUUUAAAAAAGAAAGUUAAGGAAGAGCUGGUUCCAGUCCGUACUGGUGGGAGCAUUAAAUGAUAGCGUUUGCUCAGCAGUAAACAAAGACAAAAAGUGCAGUGCAAACUCUGGAGUUUGAUUCCCGUCUGUCUGAUAAGUUGACUUCUCCAUUUCCAUCUGUGCUAGGUUAAGACUGUACCCUCGGAUGCUGAGGAAUGUGUCUGCUCUGGACCUGUCGACUUCCAUCUUGGGCCAGAAACUCAGCAUGCCGAUAUGUGUAGCAGCGACAGCCAUGCAAUGCAUGGCUCAUGCGGAUGGAGAAAUUGCAACCGCCAGAGGUAUGUUGGAAAACCCAGCUGUGAAUAAUAUAACCCAGGAAGAAGCUCUGCAAUCUAUCUUUCCUGGUUAAAGAAACCUUGGAUGAUUCCCCUAUUAAGCCCCAUCAGCAAAUGCCCUGUGCAAGAAUUUCCAUUUGUGUAGUGGGGCUUUCCUCCUCUUCCCCUGUGUGCUCCCCCAUUCAUCCUGAAAAUGACUCCUGGGGAGUUGGGAGAACCCCCAGAACUUCCAGUGCCUCCUAUCAGAAGAUGUAUAAAUAAAGGGACGCGGGUGGCGCUGUGGGUUAAACCAUAGAGCCUAGGACUUGCUGAUCAGGAGGUCGGCGGUUCGAAUCCCCGCCACGGGGUGAGCUCCCGUUGCUCGGUCCCUGCUCCUGCCAACCUAGCAGUUCGAAAUCACAUCAAAAGUGCAAGUAGAUAAAUAGGUACUGCUCCGGCGGGAAGGUAACGAUUGGACCUAAUGGUCAGGGGUCCCUUUACCUUUACCUAAUAAUAAAAAAUAAUAAUUUAUUACUUAUACCCUGCCCAUCUGACUGGGUUUCCCCAGCCACUCUGGGCGGCUCCCAAUAGAAUAUUAAAAACACAAUAAAACAUCUAACAUUGAAAACUUCCCUAAACAGGGCUGCCUUCAGAUGCCUUCUAAAAGCAGUGUAGUUCUUUAUCUCCUUGACAUCUGAUGGGAGGGUGUUCCACAGGACGGGCGCUACUACCGAGAAGGCCCUCUGCCUGGUUCCCUGUAACCUCACUUCUCGUAGUGAGGGAACCUCCCUUGGAGCUGGACCUCAGUCUACGGGCUGAACAAUGGGGGUGAAGACACUUCUUCAGGUAUACUGGGCCGAGGCCAAAAUUGCCUCUCAUUUAAGCAGAAACCCUGAGAAAAUGAAACUUGAGGAUUUUCUAGUUGCUCUAUCAACAACCCUGAGCCAAAACAACCAUAAAAAUCAGUACCUUCAGGGCAUAUAAUUAGUGCCAAGAGCAAGGCUUGAAUGAGACGUUAGUUUUCAAUUAGAGGACUGCUACUAUUUUUGUUUUUUAGCAAAACGUCUAGCUAUGAACACAGAUUGGAUUGAAAUGUGAAAAAACACACCCAUAGGAGUUUUACUGAUGAAAUUUGAUGCCAAGGUGGUUGGUUUGUCCUGCACUGUCUCGGACCCUUCCCAAAAUCACUUGUUUCUGGCAGAAGUAAUCUGGGGUUUAAAUGUGAACCUAGAAUUAAAAGCUUCAGUUGAUUGAGCUAGUGUGUUGUUUUUUACCGGAACAAAGCUUUCCCCACUUUGUGGCAUCUCAAAACAAUAUCCUAAUCAUGGCUGACAUCAGGUGUAAAACACACUCCUGAUUGGCAGUGAGAGCAAGGCUCCCCUUUGCCAAUGCACAAUCAGCUGGUUGACAGUGAGAGAGAGCCUUCUGGCAAACCCGAUUGCCGUUGACCCUUGCCCCAAACAGGGUACAAGGAAUUCUGGUGAACUCACAGUCACCGCCCAUCAGCUGGCAGGUUGUGACUUCAAGCUUAGCUUGACUUGGAUUUUCUUCCCACGCUGCAAAGGAAAAGUUUGGUGACAACAGAUGAUUGACAGGAAGCUAGGACCAGGGGUAGACUUUGGUAAUCUGUCAUGAUAAUUUGGCACGCCCAAAUGGGAUCUUCUCAGUUAUGGAUCUACUCAAUUUUGUGCCCCUUGGGCAGGGGAACGACCCGCACCACCCUAAAUCCGGCGCUGCGAGGACCAUAGCCUCCUGUCAAAGUUGCCAGAGUUGGGGGAGAGACUUGCCAGAGUUCCACACCUCCACACUAAUGAACCUCUCUGUGUUGUUUUUUGAUGUUGGCUUUUGUCAAAUUUGCCAAGAAAUGAAGACAACACCAUUCCAGUUCUAAAAUUCAUUCUUACGCUUCAAAACGCGGCAUGCGAGUCCUUUACUUCUAAUGGUUAGUAUACAGUGGUAUCUUGGGUUAAGAACUUAAUUCGUUCCGGAGGUCCAUUCUUAACCUGAAACUGUUCUUAACCUGAAGCACCACUUUAGCUAAUGGGGCCUCCCACUGCCGCCGCACCGCCAGAGCACGAUUUCUGUUCUCAUCCUGAAGCAAAGUUCUUAACCCGAGGUACUAUUUCUGGGUUAGCGGAGUCUGUAACCUGAAGCAUCUGUAACCUGAAGCAUCUGUAACCCAAGGUACCACUGUAUUAGAAUUGGAUUGUGUGGAGGCUAGCCUGCCGGACAUUGAAUCACGCCAGCGUGGUGUAGUGGUUAAGAGCGGUAGUCUCGUAAUCUAGUGAACCGGGUUUGCGCCUCCACUCCUCCGCAUGCAGCUGCUGGGUGACCUUGGGCCACUCACACUUCUUUGAAGUCUCUCAGCCCCACUCACCUCACAGAGUGUUUGUUGUGGGGGAGGAAGGGAAAGGAGAAUGUUAGCCGCUUUGAGACUCCUUAAAGGGAGUGAAAGGCGGGAUAUCAAAUCCAAAAUCCAAAACUCUUGUCGGACCUCAGCUUCCAUCAGUCCCAUCCAGCAGAGCCAAUGGUGUAGGGAUGUCACACAACUCUUGCCUGUCAAAGGAACUGCCUCCUCCAACCCAGGAGGGAUUGCUCACAAUAACCAUCCCCCUAAUGCUUUUAAGUGACAUUGAGGAGGGACAGGAUAUUUAAGUUUCUGUGACUGUGAGCAUAGCAGCAUAUUUAUGUUUAGUAGGGAAAAGCUUCUGAAUUUUUUUUUAAAAAUCCUAUGAAACAGGCAUUUCAUUCUUACACUGCCCAUACAUAGACCUGUGGACUUGGUCAUCUGGUUACAGAUGUUUGUUGGUUAUGAAGAAUUUGAUAGGUUUCCCCGUUCAUUACCGUAUUUUUUGCUCUAGAGGACGCACUUUUUCCCCUCCAAAAAUUAAGGGGAAAUGUGUGCGCGUCCUAUGGAGCGAAUGAAGGCUCUUUGGCUUCAGCGAUAGCAAUGCGAAGCCUCCGAAGCGCAGAGGGAGCGCUCCCUCCGCGCUCCGGAGGCUUCGCGUUGCUUUCGCUGAAGCCUGGAGAGCGAGAGGGGUCAGUGCGCACCGACCCCUCUCUCUCUCUCCAGGCUUCAGGGAUAGCCGCCUGAAGCCUUCGGAGCACAGUGCGAGUUCCCGCUGCAUUCCGGAGGCUUCAGGUUCCUUUUGCUGAAGCCGGGAGAGCAAGACUCUCCUGGCUUCAGCAGAGAGGGAGAGCUGCGCAGCGCCUCUUCAGCCAAGCGGGAGGAGAAAGAGAAGGGGCUCUGUUUCUCCUGCCGCUUUGCUGAAGGGGCGCUGAGCAGAGAGGGGGAGGGUUUUUUUUCUUGUUCUCCCCCUCUAAAACAAGGUGCAUCCUAUGGUCAGGUGCAUCCUAUAGAGCGAAAAAUACGGUAUUUUUUUAAAAGUCCUAACUGGAAGGAAACUUGGCAAAAGGCCUCCAUACCAGUGUGUCUGUCACUGAGUAGUGUGCUGUCAGUUUUGGCCUCAGUUUACAUCUUACACAUUCCCAAAGGUACUUGGGGAUAAUAUUCUCUUAGCUUUCGCCGCUUCACUUGACUGCUCACAUCACAGGAAUCUACUGACACAGAACAUCCAUUCCUUUUUGAGGGCAAGAAAUUUCAAGUGCCUGACAAGCCAGCUCCCUCUAGUGGUCAACUUGGUUUGAGAUGUUGCUUUCAAGUUGACAUUGUGGUCAUUUUGGCUUUUUAGAAGGAGCUGAAACCUAAUGGAGGUAAAGUUUAAAGAUGGAGCCAUCUAAGAGGGAAGGAGCACAAUCGUGUUGUUACAGGUUCUCAACUUCCAUGCAAUGGGAAGUUCCCGGAAGGCAGUGUUGAGCUGCUUUUGGGUGACAGUAAUGAAGAAUUAUGAUGAAUCUACAGUCAUGCCUUAAGAGGGAUGCGGGUGGCGCUGUGGGUUAAACCACAGAGCCUAGGACUUGCCUAUCAGAAGGUCGGCGGUUCGAAUCCCCGUGACGGGGUGAGCUCCCGUUGCUCGGUCCUAGCUCCUGCCAACCUAGCAGUUCGAAAGCACGUCAAAGUGCAAGUAGAUAAAUAGGUACCGCUCUGGCGGGAAGGUAAAUGGCGUUUCCAUGCGCUGCUCUGGUUUGCCAGAAGCGGCUUAGUCAUGCUGGCCACAUGACCUGGAAGCUGUAUGCCGGCUCCCUCAGCCAAUAAAGCAAGAUGAGCCCCGCAACCCCAGAGUCGGUCACGACUGGACCUAAUGGUCAGGGGCCCCUUUACCUUACAGUCGUGCCUUGGUAUUCGUACGUUUUGGCUCCCAAAAGCCGAAAACCCGGAAGUAAGUGUUCCGGUUUUCGAAUGUUAUUUGGAAGCCGAACGUCCAUCGGCGCUUCCACGGCUUCCGAUGAAGUGCAGGAAGCUGCAGCAGCCAAUCGGAAGCUGUGCCUUGGUUUUUGAACGUUUUUGGAAGUUGAACGGACUUCUGGAACAGAUUACGUUCGAGAACCAAGGACGACUAUAUUUGCUUUAUUUUCUAAAAGUAGACAGCAGAUCCCCCAGAGGAGAUGCAAUAAUAUAUAUUUCUAUAAAAGAACUAACAGAAUCCAUUAUAAAUAUUCAUGUAGCAAUGGCUCCUCUCAUGGGCAUUUCUAUACGGUCACUAUUUUCAGGUGGACUCAAUCACAUCCCGACAAAUUCAGGCUACACAAUUAAAGCUGGUUUGGAGCUGUUUCAAAACAAAUCUCCUGAUGGAAAAGAUAAGACUUUUUGCAGUAAGGAAAGGGAUGGCAAAAUGCACUGGAAAUUGUGGCAUCACACCAACUGACCUCCUUGCAAAUAAAUCAGGCUGCCAUCUAAUCUCUCUUGCAAACAAGUUGGCUGAAUGCUCACUAAAAGGCCACCUGGAAGCGACCUAUAUGCCCAUCUUGUUUUGAUUACAAGGAGUCUCUGCCCCAGGAAUUUGCUUGGGAGGUUCUGCUCCACUCAGAUGGGAGUGUUGCGCAUGGACAGAGGGCUUCAAAUGUUUGGGCCGCAGCUUGGAGCCACCACUACAUGGACUCUGUGAAUGUUGGAAUGGGGACAUUGUGGUUUUUUUCAUAAAGCAGCCCGCAUAAAUUCUCAAUAAGAACAGGAGAGAUUGAGGGGAAUGGUUUGUUUAGGAAGUGAAGUAAGUUGCAAGAAUAUGCUAUGAUUAAGUAGAUGUUCCACAUGGUGGAGCUCUAAUACCUUGAAUAGAAACCCAGUAAUCCCAAUCAACACAAAGGAUUAUUAUAAUAGCAGUCACUAGGGACAGAUACUUCUGGUUAACUGACAUGAUUCAAGAAUCUCACUAUGAAAGAAUCUUGCUUAAAGUGUAUUUGGGACAGUCUGCUAUGCCUGCAAUAUAGUACAUAAUCUAGAAGUUCAUGCAUUUGUAUCCUAAAUGGUGAUGCUAUCCUGAGGACAAAAAAAAAAACCCUAUGCCUAGUGAGAUACAAUAUUUCUCAAUAGAUAAGCAUUUUAAUGUUAAACUGUCACUCAGGUAACCACCGUAGGUAAAUACAGUACAUAACACAGUGCUUAUUCUUUUAUUUUCUGUUUAGGUGAUCUUUUGUACAUUGAAAAGUAUCAGAGAAAUCAGUGUAUUAUAUAAAAUGCAAACUAUCAAGUGUUUGGUUUUAUUCUAAGCCUUAACUGGAGCUUUAGUCGCCUUACCCAAACAGCAUAUUAUAGCAGUUCAACAAUGAACACCAUUUAUGUAAAGAUUAAUAAUGAUGGGGGGGUGGUUAUUGGGUUAUUGUUUUUAACUUUGAUUUUGUGUAUUGUGAUCUUUUCUGUGAACCACCCUGAGACCUCCAGGUAUAGGGCAAUAUAUAAAUUCACUCACUCAUUCAUUCAAUCAAUCAAUCAAUCAAUCAAUAAAAUGAAUGUACAAGUUCUGCCCUGCGGGGGGAUGACGGAGGUACAGUGGUACCUCAGGUUACAUACGCUUCAGGUUACAUACGCUUCAGGUUACAGAAUCCACUAACCCAGAAAUAGUACAUGGAUGACAUGUAAGAAUGUGAUGGAGACAAUUGGGAAUGUGGUGGAGGGGAGUGCAAGUGUGCUCAGAUCUUCUUCCUCAUCUACUUGAUUAAGUGUAGCUGGAUAAUCUGACAGAAAGCCACAGAAAUAAUAAUAAUAAUUUUUUAUUUAUACCCCACCCUUCCCGGUUCAAAAACCAGGCUCAGGGCGGCUGAGAAAUGGGAUCAAGUAACCUGUCCAGGCAUUGUGUGGCGAGAUCCUACAGUAAUUUAUGUUAAUGGGCUAAAAUUAGGCCACAACUUUAUUGGUUACAGGUGAUGAGCGGUAUUAGCUUAGGCAUUGGUCAUAUCCGACUAUCCGGCUUCAGCCUGCUUGCUUCAAGAUCUGGAAGGGUUAACCACCAGUAGGGGGAGUCCUGCUGAUGCACAUCAACUAGGCACUCCCCCGGGGUCACCGCUCGGGGGCGUGCCUUGGGCCCUGGCCUCCAUAGGCUUCGGACGGGGCCACGCCCCCCGGAAUCCUUUACCGGACUACCCUUCAAUAUCUGGGGGAGGUGAUGGCACUCCUCCCCCCCCCAUACAUCUACAUACAGUGGUGCCUCGCAAGACGAAAAGAAUCCGUUCUGCGAGUCUCUUCGUCUUGCGGGGUUUUUUGUCUUGCAAAGCAAGCCCAUUAGCGGUUUAGCGGAUUAGCGCUACAGUAUUAGCGGCUUAGCGGGCUUAGCGGAUCAGCUGAUAAGCGGCUUAGCGAUCAGCUGUUAAGCGGCUUAAGGAUCAGCUGAUAAGCGGCUUAACAAUCAGCUGAUAGGCGGUUUAGCGAUCAGCUGUUAAGCGGCUUAGCUGAUCAGCUGAUAAGCGGUUUAGCGGCUUGGGAAAAAGGGGGGGGAAAGGAAAAAAACCCCGCAGGAACUCGCAAGACAUUUUCGUCUUGCAAAGCAAGCACAUAGGAAAUUUGUUUUGCGAAGCACCUCCAAAACGGAAAACCCUUUCGUCUAGCAGGUUUUCCGUCUUGCGAGGCAUUCGUCUUGCGGGGCACCACUGUAACAAUACCCAUACCAAUGCCUAACUGCCACCCGAGCAAAGCUCACUGCCAAUACCCUCAAACCUGCAACCAAUCCCUAAUCCCAGCCAUCAUACCUGCCAUCCACACGAGGAUUUCCCAAAUCGCGCGGGGGUCAGAGCCAGCCUCUGCAUGCGUGAUGCCCGCAACACCACCUCCUCCCGAGGUCAGAAGUGGCUUUCUCAGAAGAGGGAUACAGUGGUGCCCCGCAAGACGAAUGCCUCGCAAGACGGAAAACCCGCUAGACGAAAGGGUUUUCCGUUUUGGAGGUGCUUCGCAAAACGAAUUUCCUAUGUGCUUGCUUCGCAAGACGAAAAUGUCUUGCGAGUUCCUGCGGGUUUUUUCCCCUCCCCCCCUUUUUCCCAAGCCGCUAAACCGCUUAUCAGCUGAUCGGCUAAGCCGCUUAACAGCUGAUCGCUAAGCCGCUUAUCAGCUGAUCGUUAAGCCGCUUAUCAGCUGAUCCUUAAGCCGCUUAACAGCUGAUCGCUAAGCCGCUUAUCAGCUGAUCUGCUAAGCCGCUUAUCAGCUGAUCCGCUAAGCCGCUUAUCAGCUGAUCCGCUAAGCCCGCUAAGCCGCUAAUACUGUAGCGCUAAUCCGCUAAACCGCUAAUGGGCUUGCUUCGCAAGACGAAAAAACCCGCAAGACGAAGAGACUCGCAGAACGGAUUCUUUUCGUCUUGCGAGGCACCACUGUAUCGUAUGUUUGGAUUAUAGGCCUUUCAGGAAUGGAAAGGAGUUGGUAACUACCUGCUUCUGUGUAUAAUGGAGAUCUAGAAUUUGAAAAAGGUUCCAAAGGAGUUCUAACACUUGUGAGUCGUCAGCUCUAUGUCCAGCAAGUACUUCUGCCAUGCCAUAGAGUUGGCCAGCAUCAGCCUAAUGUACCAUCAGAGCUUGGCAAAGCUGAGCCAAUUGUUCAAUAACAUUUGAACAAUGGAGAAAUGCGAGUUUGGAGCUCCAUCACUAGUCAACGCUUGCACAAAAUAUAAAAGUUGACUUAAACUUGCAUAAAUAUUUUAAAAGGCUUUUUAGGAGAAGGUCAGUGACUGAAGUCAUGUCCCUUAUUUAGGACUCCGUGACAACCCUGUGUUAACAAUAGCAGUUUAUUUACAAAGAAAGGUAGCUCAAGUCCAGUAAGUGCUGAAAUCAAGGCCAGGGCAACAAAUAUGUAGGUUGUAAGCAGCCAACGGCAAUUCUGAAACCAUUGAGGAUUCAGUAUUUGAGAAAUUAAGUAAAUGGUGAAAAAAUGAACUGAAAACCAAUCUGCUGACCAGAGAGGGGAGGAUCUGUCAAUUUUGUUCUCUCGGUUUCUCAUUUCCCCUAAUUUUAAAUUCAGUUUUCCAAGUUUCUUCAGAAAUUUGCAUUAAAACAAACACCUUCAUGAAAAUUAUUCAGCAUUUUGGUGUGAAUUUCUCCCAAUAAAUGUAUUUUUCUCUGCAGUUUUGACUAAUGUACACAUUCCUUACAAGCAGUUUCUCCCAACUGUAUAUUAUUUUCAGAAACAUAUACUGAUUUUUAUACAUAUUUCACCAUAGCAAAUGCAUAUUUGUAAAUUUUGAUGGGUUGACGAAAUGUACUGUGGCUGUGUUUUUGUUCUCAUGUAAUUUCAGAAAGUGCUGAUUUGAUAAAAUUCACACCUUUGGCUGCUAUAAAGAGAACAGAGCAAUUCGAAAGCUCGAGCGAUUUUCCCACCAGCCCGUAAUAUAAAAGUGUAGUACCUAGUUUCUUGAUAGGGUCUUGAACUACUUGCGCUCUACGUGGGGCUACCUUUGAAGGUGACCCGGAAACUACAACUAAUCCAGAAUGUGGCAGCUAGACUGGUUACUGGGGGCGGCUGCUGAGACCACAUAACACCAGUCUAGAAAGACCUACAUUGGCUCCCAGUACGUUUCCAAGCACAAUUCAAAGUGUUGAUGCUGACCUUUAAAGCCUUAAACGGCCUCUGUCCUGUAUACCUGAAGGAGCGUCUCCACCCCCAUCGUUCUGCCCAGAUGCUGAGGUCCAGCACUGAGGGCCUUCUGGCGGUUCCCUCAUUGCGAGAAGCAAAGCUACGGGGAACCAGGCAGAGGGCCUUCUCGGUAGUGGCGCCCGCCCUGUGGAACGCCCUCCCAUCAGAUGUCAAAGCGAUAAACAACUACCAGACAUUCAGAAGACAUCUUAAGGCAGCCCUGUUCAGGGAAGUUUUUAAUGUGUGACAUUUUAGUGUGUUUUUGGUCUCUGUGGAAGCCACCCAGAGUGGCUGGGGAAACCCAGCCAGAUGGGCGGGGUACAAAUAAUAAAUUAUUAUUAUUGUUAUUAUUAUUAUUAUUGAAAAUAUUUGGGAGGCACUUACUUCCUGAUCUUUAGCUUGCAGAUCAAUGGGAACGGGGAUGAUGCUGAGUUCGUGGUCCACAACAUCUAUAGAAGAAGUUGCCCAAGAGGCUCCAGAGGCAAUUCGUUGGUUACAGCUCUACAUCUAUAAAGACCGUGAAGUCACCAGGUCCUUAGUGAAGCGGGCAGAAAAAGCUGGAUACAAAGGCAUCUUUGUGACUGUAGAUACACCAUUUCUUGGGAAACGCUUAGAUGAUGUGCGCAACAAAUUUCAGCUUCCCCCGAAUCUCAGGUACUUACAGGUUGUUGUUUCUUUUUUUAAAAAAAAUUAUGUUUUAUUAGUUUUCAAUUACAAUCCAAUAAUAGCCUCAUCAUAACAAUACCAAUUUAUAAUACAAUUAUUAAUACCAAUCAUUCAAAUACUGAAUUAAUUUGGUUAAAGUGCCAUCUCCCCAUCCCCGGCGUACUAGAUUUGAUUCUUUAUUUCUUCAUUCCAAAAGAACACAGGUACUUACAGGUUUUGGUCAGCUUCCAGCAUUCUUCAUUUCUUUUGGUGCUCGGAUCCUGUACACCAGGGCUCCCCACAGGGUGGAUUUGAUUUAAAUCAAAUCAGUUUAAAUCACUAGUCAGUAAAAGGUAAAGGUAAAGGGACCCCUGACCAUUAGGUCCAGUCAUGACCGACUUUGGGGUCGCAACGCUCAUCUCGCUUUAUUAGCCGAGGGAGCCGGCGUACAGCUUCCGGGUCAUGUGGCCAGCAUGACUAAGCCGCUUCUGGCGAACCAGAGCAGCGCACGGAAAUGCCGUUUACCUUCCCACUGGAGUGGUACCUAUUUAUCUACUUGCACUGUGACGUGCUUUCGAACUGCUAGGUUGGCAGGAGCAGGGACUGAGCAAUGGGAGCUCACCCUGUCGCGGGAAUUUGAACCGCCAACCUUCUGAUCGGCAAGUCCUAGGCUCUGUGGUUUAACCCACAGCGCCACCCACGUCCCAUAGUCCCACUACUCAGUAAGACUUGAUUUAAAUCAUUUUUUAUUUUUAUUUUACAGAAAGACUCAUUCUUGCUGGUAUAAUCUUAAUAUUUACAACCAGAUGAAGGUUUCAUUUUUGGAAUAAUAAAUUUUCAGAGUAGUUUCUACAGUUAUAUCAAAAAUUACUGAUUUGGUUAUACUAUUAGAAAUACAUUGAUGGAUAACUAUGAAAUUAUUGUGAGGUUUGAUAAGUUAACUGUUUAUAUUUGGACAACUUUUCUGCUGCACUUUAUUGGAAGGAGAAAAAUAAUCAUUUCCUUAAUAACAAUUUAAACAAUUUAUUUAACUAAAACAAUAACAUUAUAGCGUAUGUAUCCAUGUUUGUUAACUGAUGUGGUUAAACAAUUUUUUUAAAAAAAACCUUAGACUGAGUUUUAGAACACAUGAAAAAUUUAAAACCUUAUUUCCUGAUGAAUAGCCUUUGGACUAUAAUGUAACUUAAAUAUAAAACUAUCUUUAGAAAGAUUUUUUCUCCCAAAGCAUUUUAUUUUAAAAAUCCAAUUUAAAUUAAAAAACCCAAUUUAAAUUUUUAAAAAUCAGAUUUUUUUAAAUUUUUAUUUUUUAAAUCAAUAAAUUUUAUCCACCCUGGCUCCUCAACACUUUAGGGACAGUGGGCACAUUUGGAAUUUUGAGAGAACACCAUGGGCAGCAGUCACAAAAUGGCUGACAGGGGUGCAGGGCAUAAUACCAAAUGGCUUCCAUGGGGUGUGGCGUAAUACAAAGCGGAUGUUGCGUCUCCUGAAAAAUGUUGGAAAAGAGACAGGACCAAGCAAGGUUAAAAAAAAAAAAGGUAAAGGACCCCUGGACGGUUAAGUCCAGUCAAAGGCGACUACGGGGUUUGGAGUAGUUUGGAUUUGAUAUCCCGCUUUAUCACUACCCGAAGGAGUCUCAAAGCGGCUAACAUUCUCCUUUCCCUUCCUCCCCCACAACAAACACUCUGUGAGGUGAGUGGGGCUGAGAGACGUCAAAGAAGUGGGACUAGCCCAAGGUCACCCAGCAGCUGCAUGUGGAGAAGUGGAGACGCGAACCCGGUUCACCAGAUUACGAGACUACCGCUCUUAACCACUACACCACACUGGCUCACAUCUUGCUUUCAGGCCAAGGGAGCCGGUGUUUGUCCACAGACAGCUUUCCGGGUCAUGUGGCCAGCAGGACUCAACCACUUCUGGCCACCCGCGUCCCUAGACAGGACCAAGCAUGUCCCCGUUUCAACGCAAGGGCAGACAUCUACAUCAGCACCCACCAUGCUUGCUGACGGAUGGAAACUCUUUGUAUAUCUCCUCUCCGUUCAGAACAGAAAAGAGGGUAGGUGUCCACUCCUGGUUUCCGGAUGCUGAAAUCCUGAACCCUAGUGCAAAACAGACACCGCUGGCUCAGUUGAAGAAUCCAUCUAGUUCAGCAAGCUGCUUUCAGCCAUGGCCAGCCAAAUGCAUACAAGGCGGCCACGAUGAGGGUAUAUGAGAGAAACACCCUCGUGGGGCAUCUCAGUUUUGGCAUCCUCAGCACCAGGUCAUCAGAAGUAUACAGUGGUACCUUGGGUUAAGUACUUAAUUCAUUCCGGAGGUCCAUUCUUAACCUGAAACAGUUCUUAACCUGAAGCACCACUUUAGCUAAUGGGGCCUCCUGCUGCUGCCGCGCCGUCAGAGCAUGAUUUCUGUUCUCAUCCUGAAGCAAAGUUCUUAACCCGAGGUACUAUUUCUGGGUUAGCGGAGUCUGUAACCUGAAGCGUAUGUAACCUGAAGCAUCUGUAACCCGAGGUAAUAAUAAUAAUAAUAAUAAUAAUAAUAAUAAUAAUAAUUUAUUUAUACCCCGCCCUCCCCAGCCAAGACCGGGCUUAGGGCGGCUCAGUACCACUGCACUGCCUCUGAACAUGCAGGUUCUAUUUGCAAUCAUGCCCAAUAGCUGCCAAUAACCCCGUUGGCUAAGGUCCUUUUAAAGCCAGUGGCUCUCACAAUUUCAUAUGGUAAUUGUCAGGGAACUGCCAUCAGUGCCGGAGGGAGAGAGCAAAAUCCAGAGGGAUUCCGGAGAGCGUCCCGGGAUUGGGAGAGGCAGCCCAUCCUCUGGGGAAGAGAAUCAGCAUAGCACCAGUGGAGAAGGGGGGCAGAUGGGGGAAGCGGCGAGGCGGUCCCAUGACUCCUUGCCGGGGACCAGCGGCCUACGCCCUCCUUGCGCAGAAGGCUUUCGCGCAGAGAGAGUAGGAGGAGACUAGGCGUCAAAGAGCUUCUUUGCUGGAAGAAGUUUAAGAAACGCCCACUGACGGAUUCUGCCAGCGAUUGAGACAGCCAUGGGUGAGUGGCUGUCCGGACAGAAAAGGUUCACUCGGGCAAUCCAGCCAGGUGUUUGCACUGGCUUACGCACGAGCAACCCCUAGAACCAUUACAGUAAUGAAUUCUGUGAGUUAGUUACACAUCGUGUGACGAAGUACUUUGUUUUAACAUAACGGAAUCAUAGAUUUGUAGCGUUGGAAGGCACCCCCAAAGCCAUCUGGUUCAACCCCUGCAAUACAGGAAUCCUUUGCCCAAUUUGGGGCUUGAACCUACAGCUCUGAGAUUGAUUGAUGAUGGUGGUGAUGCUGAUGAUGAUGACAACAACAGUUUUAUUAUUUAUACCCCGCCCAUCUGGCUGGGUUUCCCCAGCCACUCUGGACAGCUUCCAGCAGAAUAUAAAAGCAUAAUAAGAGUUUCAUAAUAAUAAUAAUAAUAAAAUGUUAUUUAUAUCCCGCCCUCCCCAGCUGAAGUUGGGCUCAGAGCAGCUAACAACAGUAAAAUGAUAAAACAUUCUAAAAUAUUUCAUUAUAAUGACAUGUUCCCUGUCAAUAAUAAUAAUAAUAAUAGAAUAAUUUAUUAUUUAUACCCCGCCCAUCUGGCUGGGUUUCCCCAGCCACUCUGGGCGGCUGUCAAUGACGACAAGAAAACCUCAAAUAUUUAGGAUGCAUUGCUCCACACCACGGUAGACAAAUCAGUAGGUGGUACCUCAGAGGCUUCCAAGUCCAUUCAUUAAAUAUGAAGUAUGUGAUUAAUUUAUUUAUUUUUAAAUAGCCAUUUGAGAGGUGUUUUUGGGAGUUGAAGCUGUACUGGCUUUAAAUAUUGCCGCAUCCAGCUGAGUUUUCUGAAAGUGUUUUCUCCCCCGCUCUUGAACUCCAGAAUGAAAAAUUUUGAAACGAAUGACCUGGCAUUUUCAUCGGAGACGGGCUAUGGCGAAAACAGUGGCCUGUCUGUUUAUGUAGCGGAGGCAAUUGAUCCAUCAAUCAACUGGGAGGAUAUGAAGUGGCUCAGAGGAUUGACUUCGCUGCCAAUUGUUGCCAAAGGCAUCCUUAGAGGUUUGUUCAACUUGAGUUAAAUGUAACUAUUGAGGGAUAUCGGACGAGGCUUACAGAAGGUCGAGAGAGAGAAUGCAGAGGCUAUUUUUGAUGACAAACAGAAUAUAUGUUUUUCUCAACAGCCCUGUUUAUUUUUGCAGUUUGAUUUUAUGUCCUUCUUUCCUUCUCUCCUCACACUUAUCACCUUGGUUCAAAGUGUUUCCAUCUUGUCUAGAAAUGGGAGCUGCUAAAAAUCUGGCAGGCCAGGAUGAGAUGAUGUUUCCUGCCAAACCUAUGUUUGAUUGACUAGGAAGCACUUCAAGAUUUCAAGUGUCCUUCACAAAAGGGCUUUCGAGUUCACCUGAAGGCUGGAUCUCCCCCUAUAUUUUAAGCAAGAAGAUAAAUUGUCUUUCUUUUGUUCCCUUAGCUUUGAAGAUGCAAACUGAAUAUCAGUCUCACCCGUCCUGAGUUAGUGUGAAAGCUAAUAAAGGGCUUAAUAAAGAAUAUACGUUAUCCAGACGUUGGCUUAUGUAUUAGCAGUACUGGUCUGAAUCAUCUCUUUUUUAAAAUGAAUACUACUAUGUGUCCCUGUCUGCACACCCACCCACACCCAAUCAACAUGUGCAUGAGGUCCAGCGCCGAGGGCCUUCUGGCAGUUCCCUCGCUACGAGAAGCCAAGUUACAGGGAACUAGGUGGAGGGCCUUCUCGGUAGUGGCACCUGCCCUGUGGAACGCCUUCCCACCAGAUGUCAAAGAGAACAACAACUACCAGACUUUUAGAAGACAUCUGAAGGCAGCCCUGAUUAUUGAGGCUUUUAAUGUUUGAUGUAUUGCAGUAUUUUAAUAUUUUGUUGGAAGCCACCCAGAGUGGCUGGGGAAGUCCAGCCAGAUGGGCAGGGUAUAAAUAAAUUAUUAUUAUUAUUAUUAUUAUUAUUAUUAUUAUUUUGCACUUUGAGCUCAAAGUCACAGAGCAUGGCAAUUUAUUUUGUUCAGUUAAUUUAAUUUAUUCAUUAAGUUUCAGUACAGUGGACGAUCGGGUUGCGAACGUGAUCCGUGUGGGAUGCACGUUCGCAACCCGCAGCGUUCGCAACCCGCAGCUGCACGUCUGCGCACGCGCGGGUUGCGAUUUGGCGCUUCUACGCAUGCGCAAAGCGCAAUUUAGUGCUUCUGCGCAUGUGCAACCGCCAAAACCCGAAAGUAACCUGUUCCGGCGGUCCGUAACCUGAAAAAACUCAACCUGAAGUGUCUGUAACCCGAGUUAUGACUGUACACCUUAGAAGAUGAAUGUUUAACAUACAGUUGUAGAAGAAAUGUGCAACAUUCUAUCUCGUAAGUGUGUAAAUUGUUAAAACAAAGCCAGCUUUUUCUUUUUAUAAACCGUGAAUGGCACAUUCUUUAGCAGGUUGGAGCUCUGGAGCAUUUUAGAUCAUGAACUCUUUUUUUUCUAAAGGAAUUUAUUUGUUUGCCUCUUGUUUCUUGAGAGGGGUAGGUUGGGAUCCCUGGUCUUCCAGGAAAUUAAAUCUUUUGGUUAAUGUAACACUUCUUAAGGUUUGGUCCAAACCCAUAAAAUAAGCUAUAAAGUGUUGUUCCUUUUGAAAGCAAUUAUCUUUAAGCAGAUGUCAGAACUGACAUUUGCUUGUAUCUAACUUUGAGGGAAAGCACAAUAGGAAAUGGAUUGUGUCUAAACUUGCUCAAUAUACUGUACAAACAGGCCCACCACGUUCUCCUCUGGGCUGCAUAUGAUAUAUGGAAUUAGGAGGCCUCUUCCUUUCUCUGUUUUUAUAAUUAAUCGAAAGCCAUCGGAAUACGAAAUGAUUACUUUGUGUGCGAGAGAGAUUAAGGUAAUCGUUACUGUCUGUAUACAGUAAAUCACGGAGCAAAAUGGCUAGUUUUGAUGGGGAUCAGUAGAAUGAACAUUUACCAGCUCUUCGGAACAAUAAUAAUAAUAAUUUAUAAUAAUUUAUUAUUUAUACCCCGCCCAUCUGGCUGAGUUUCCCCAGCCACUCUGGGCGUUUUCCAAGCAAGUGUUAAAAACAAUACAGCAUUAAAUAUUAAAAACUUCCCUAAACAGGGCUGCCUUCAGAUGUCUUUUAAAGAGAAGAUAGCUGCUUAUUUCCUUCACAUCUGAAGGGAGGGCGUUCCACAGGGCGGGCGCCACUACCAAGAAGGCCCUCUGCCUGGUUCCCUGUAACCUCACUUCUCGAAAUGAGGCAACCGCCAGAAGGCCCUCGGUGCUGGAUCUCAGUGUCUGGGCUAAACGAUGGGGGUGGAGACGCUCCUUCAGGUAUACAGGACCGAGGCCCAAUAGGGCUUUAAAGGUCAGCACCAACACUUUGAAUUGUGCUCGGAAACGUACUGGGAGCCAAUGCAGAUCUCUCAGGACCGGUGUUAUGUGGUCCCGGUGGCCACUCCCAGUCAGUCACCAGUCUAGCUGCCACAUUCUGGAUUAAUUGCAGUUUCCGGGUCACCUUCAAAGGUAGCCCCAUGUACAGCACAUUGCAGUAGUCCAAGCGUGAGAUAACUAGAGCAUGCACCACUCUGGCGAGACAGUCUGCUGGCAGGUAGGGUCUCAGCCUGCGUACCAGAUGGAGCUAGUAGACAGCCACCCUGGACACAGAAUUAACCUGCGCUAAGGGUCUUCCCAUAGCAAUAUAAAUGUUGUCUUUGACUUGGGAGACAGUCACACAGUGAACUUUAGUUGCUGAAUCGCAUUCCUCGCGCAACCUUCUUCAGAAAAGCUGGCCUUAGUUCUAUGUGUUAAAGAGUUUUAUGGAUGUUGCAAUUCCCACAAUGACACCUGCAAUUUGUAAAGGCCCCAUGUUUUCUUCCCUAGCCGAUGAUGCUCGAGAAGCAGUGAAGCAUGGCGUAAAUGGGAUCCUGGUGUCAAAUCACGGUGCCCGCCAGUUGGAUGGCGUUCCAGCCACCGUAAGUAUUAGUAAAGCAACUGAGAGUUGGCCGCAAUGAUUGACAAAUGCAUUUAAAUGCAGUUUAAGCAAUUAACAGCUGGGUUCCCACCCCCCACCCACAAAUAAAAAUGUGGCUUUCAAGGGUGCCUUCUAGGCAUAUGUGCUAGCCUAUGGUUUGCCUGGGGACACGGGUGGCGCUGUGGGUUAAACCACAGAGCCUAGGACUUGCCGAUCAGAAGGUCGGUGGUUCGAAUCCCCAUGACGGGGUGAGCUCCCGUUGCUCGGUCCCUGCUCCUGCCAACCUAGCAGUUUGAAAGCACGUCAAAGUGCAAGUAGAUAAAUAGGUACCACUCCGGUGGGAAGGUAAACGGCAUUUCCGUGCGCUGCUCUGGUUCGCCAGAAGCGGCUUAGUCAUGCUGGCCACAUGACCCGGAAGCUGUACGCCAGCUCCCUCGGCCAGUAAAGCGAGAUGAGCGCCGCAACCCCAGAGUCGGUCAUGACUGGACCUAAUGGUCAGGGGUCCCUUUACCUUAUGGUUUGCCUGAUUGUUGGAAAAUGAGCUAAAAGCAGACUUGCAUUGUGUACUGCUCUGCUGUCUGCUGCAGAGUUUUUUAAAAAAAGGAUCGCUUCCUGAUUUACUCCUAGGUUCCGGAGCAUAAUUUUUUGGGGGGGCACACGAAGGGACCGUGGCCCCUAGGAAUUGGCUCCUAUGAUAUUGGCAAAACCCUGCUGUUGCCAUAAGUUUUGACUGUCAGGGUUUGUGGAUGAAAGGUACUCAUAAUUUAUAGAUUUAGUAAAUUCAGCCCUGAAAACUUUAAACUGUAAAUGUCAGGGUUUGAACCUGGGAUCUUACGCAUGUAAAGCAUGUAUUUUUUGCCCUGGAGGGGAAAAUAUAACUAUUUAGAGUCUGAUUGAAAACCUUACGUUCUUGAAACCUGACUACAUAGUUUAGCUUUAUUUUGGUUUUGAGAACAAAUCAAGUCCAAACUGGUGAAUGUUUCCUUGUGUCUUGUUACACAUUGAUGAAAUGUGCGCUUUAAUUAUGGCUUGUAUGAGACUCAAGUAACAGCACUUGGCACAAUCUGCCUGGAUGUGAAAGUGAGCAUACAUAUGCGGAAGUGGAACCAAAGUAUUUCUGGCAACAAAGCAAAACCUAAAGAGGAAAAACAAGCCCUUUUAUUGUGUGCCAGAUGACUAGAAACCUCAGUCAGAAAGAAUAUACAAGCAAAUUGAACUUGCAAGUUUUGAUUCCCUCUGGCCACUCUGUUUUGCCUUCAAAGAAAUGAAUAUUGCCUCUGCUUGUCUUGCGCAGCAUCGUUUUCUGUGUAUGAAACAUUGGUUUCUACUUGCAUAAGCUCCUUACCCAUCAACACAUUAGACUUUGGAGGACUCUUUGAGACUUUGAACUCAUCUAUCAUCUAUCAUAGCCUUGUUAUAUCCAGUGGUCCUGUGCAUGUAGUUAAACUGCCUGGUCACAGGUUUAUCAUCCAUCAUAUCAGCUAUCUAUCAGUCAUCUGUCAUAGGUUUCCCACUUCCACCUGUCCCCAGCAAAGAGCUGAAUUGCCAGAUCUCAGGUUUUGGCGUGCAAUAUAAAGUAGUUUUGUUGCCUUGCCGAAACAAUCCAACAGUCUGCUAGCAUCUUAUUAUUUUGCCCUGUUCAAAAGAGAGGCAUCUAGUCUGAGGAACUGGAGUUCCUUCAACAUUUACAGUUGAUGCAUAGCAUAGUUUUCCCUAUCCGUUAUCUUCAUUGGAGCCACAACACAGUUCUUAAACAAGAACUUUUUCCCUCCCAUUUCACAGGCAAGUGUCACAAAAUGAGCUAAAUGUUCAUAUUGCAAUUAAGCAGCAACGAUAGAUUAAAAAAAACCAGAAUCUUCGCUGAAUUCUGCUCUUUUUGUUGCAGUGUAGUAUCUUUUAGGAAAUUUGUUCUCAUAUAACUUUUCUUGUGUUUCUAAAGUCUGCAAAUGCACCUGCCCAAGCCACUGUUGUUGCUGCAGGAUGUCUCACUAGCUGGGUUUCAGGGGCAUAAUAUGUGGGUGCCAGGGGAGCCCUGGCCCUGGAUUUUUGAGGGUCCACGAAGCAGGCUCACUGCACAGCCUGGCCUGGCCCUCCUCUUCCGGUGUUGGAGGAACCAACAUUCAAGGAGAGGAGCACUGGGCCAUGCCACGCUGGGGGCGCCGGCAUGGGGAACCUAGUUCACGCCUGCUAAAUGCUGUGUCAGCUAACUGGGCUCUCCCCUGCGCAGGCAGAGCAGCGUGGCCUGUUUGGCUCCAGUGCAGGGCGAUGUUGCUCCAGCUGUGUUGGCGGUGAGGGUCGGGGUGCUGUGGCGGGAUCCUUCAUGUCUCACCCUCUGUGCACCCCUCUGGCAUGCAUAUGUGCCUGCGCCUGGUGCUGGGAGCUCACACUGCGGCUGCUGGGUUUAUUCAAAUCUCUAUUAGCUCUUUCUUCAUCCUUGGCUCUCAGAAUAAUGUGCACUGUUAAAAACCAACCCAAUGCACCAAACACAAAGUGCAAUAGAGUUAGGGCUUGCUCCAGGAUUUGGGCAUGGGGAAAAAAAAGGUGGCUUGAUAAAAACAAACAAACGUUGGCCCCGGUAGUUUGAAAGUGUUCAGAGGCUGUUCCUACCCCUUGCCCCCUUUCCUUUGCAGAUUGAGGUCCUGCCUGAGAUCAUUGAGGCCGUGGGAGGAAAAGUGGAGGUGUUCCUAGAUGGUGGAGUAAGGAAAGGCACAGAUGUCCUCAAGGCUCUUGCCCUUGGAGCCCGAGCUGUGUUCGUAGGACGGCCUGUAAUCUGGGGACUCGCCUAUAAGGUAAUUUAAAGCAGUAGUACGAAUGCCUGCUCCGUAACUUCUGCUAGUUUACUGGAAAAGCAGAUUGCACAUUAAUUACUGAGUUGGACUCACAGGGAGGGAUUCGGCUUAUAAGUCCUGCUGGCAGGAUGCAUUGGAUUUUCAAGACUUGUAGGUUAAAAUAGCUAUAAAUCUCCUUUCCAAUACACUGAUACAAAUGUUCUAUUUUAUGCAAAGCCUUUUCUGCUUUUUGACUAAUGGAUGGAAUUCUUUGAUCCGGAUUUCUCUCUCUUCCCCACCUUUUAAAUUGAAGACAGAUGAAAGUUAGUUCCAAUUUGGUGAUGGAAUUCUUUGCUGUCCAGUGUCUGUUUUUCAGCAUUCAUUCAUGGUUUGUUUGUUUUAGCAUACGACCAGUCUAGCCAUCUUAAACUAUAGGGGACAAAGCAUUGUAAUUAUAGCAGAACUGAUGCUAUAUCUCACGGUAGCAGCCAAGUGGCAAGAUUUGGAAAGACCACUCAGUGUUUACUGAACAAACCGAUAUUUUUGCCACCACACUUGAGGGCAUUGCCUGACUUAAAGCUGAAACCUCAUAAUCUAUGUUUAUGUGAAUUAGGGUGAAGAAGGUGUGAAGGAAGUUCUUAAGAUAUUGAAAGAAGAGUUCCAGUUGGCAAUGGCACUUUCUGGUAAGAUGCAAAAUAUAUUGGAAUUAUUGGCUGUGUGUACACUGUACCUUUAAAUCACAUUCUAAAGCACAUGGGAUUGGGUUGAUAAAUUAUCGAGAUUGCAAAUAAGCAUGGAUGAAGAGCUUAACUCUUUCUGCCCAUGCUGUGCUCCUGAGGGCAGUGCCUCCUCUGAAGGUGGUAUUUGCCUUGUGGGUGGGAAUCUCCCAUUGAAGUCAAUAUCACUGGAGACAGCAUGGAAAAAUGAGUUCUUUACUUGCCACUUACUUGGAAGUUUGAUGUGAUUAUGGCAAAUGGGCUACUUUGAGAGGGGUGUCCAGAGACAGGAUCGCACCUUGUUAGUGGUAACCACCCAUCUAAGCUCCAGAAGGUGGUGGGGUCUUUCAAAACAUGUUUCCUGAUGCUGAUAUGACUGAACAUGUACAGGAGAAGACCCGUCCCCCAGGUAAAAUUCCUGGAGAGGUCACUGGGGACAGAAAAUAAUUCGGACUAUAAGUUGCUUUUAUCUCCCCUGCUCUUUCCUUUUUCUCCCUUCUAGGUUGUCAGAAUGUGGAAGCAAUAGACAGAACAUUGGUGCGAAGAGACCUAUGGGCUGCCUCCAAGAUCUAGCCAUAUUUGCUGCCACCACUGUAACUUGUCCAGUUGGUUACAAAUUAGUUGACAGCAAACUUCAAAGUGAAUUUAUGCCUUCAGUACAGGUUUAGGCUGGAUUAACAGGCCUAAUCUUCCACAAAUAUAUAUAUCAAAUAUAUCAAGGCAUCAUUUUAAUGCCUAAAGUACAGUAUUGGAAAAUAUUGGCAAUACCUUGAUAGAUAAGUUUAUAUACUUUUUAUUAUUAUCAGUGUUCAGUCAUUUGCAAUGAAAUGUGAGUACUUAUUGCCCAAAUAAGAGCCAGCAUUGUUCUUAGAUGGGCUGAUCUAAAUACAUCAUUAAUUACCAAAGUUGCACGUUUUCUGAUGGGAACUGGUGAACUGCAGUUGCACAGAUAUUAGUGGCGUUGCUUUGAAGUUGUUGGCUCGCAUGACUGGGAGCGGCUGAGCUGCUAAAACGCUAAGCAGAUGUUUGGAGGGUGCACUCGAUGAAAAGAACGGUUCCAGUGUGAAGGCUGAAAGAUACCUCUUUGCCAUUGCUUUUAACUAUCUAAUCCUACCCAAGCUGGGCUCUAAACAUAGCAGCCUGAAUUAACUCUACCUUUGGCAGCUAUGAAUACAGGAAGGCAAUAUGGGCUUCCUAGAGGUUGGCAAGCUAAAGAUCUGGGGAAAUGGAGGUGUGGGAAAGGCCUUUUUACAUGGUACACACCUAGCUAUACUGAAAACUAGUUAUAUCAGGGGAGAAGAAACUCCGGCCCAGGCGGUGGGGGUGGUCCAGGCCUCUUUUUCAAACCCUCAGGUCUUGGCCCAGGCCACACUUCUCAUGGGCCUACAGUGGUACCUCGGGUUAAGUACUUAAUUCGUUCCGGAGGUCCGUACUUAACCUGAAACUGUCCUUAACCACAUAGUCGGCCAACCGGUGUUAAAGAAGGACAGAAGUUUCUUUAUGUAUGCUACAACAGCAGCAAGAAUACUUAUUGCAAAGCAUUGGAAGACACAAGAUCUACCCACCUUGGAAGAAUGGCAGAUGAAGAUGAUGGACUAUAUGGAAUUGGCGGAAAUGACUGGCAGAAUCCGAGACCAGGGAGAAGAGUCGGUGGAAGAAGAUUGGAAGAAAUUUAAAGACUACUUACAGAAAUAUUGUAAAAUUAAUGAAUGUUAGAAUGAUGUUGGAUUGAAGUUAAGUGGUUUCUAGCUGUAAUGGUAUAAAAGAAUAUGGAAAAAUUGGUUUUUAAUACGUAAAAACUUGAUGUUAUAAUAUAUUAAGAUUAAAGAUCAGGAUUAAAAAGGAGGGAAAGGAAUUGCUGGACUAACAAACUGAACUGGAAUACAAAAAAGGGAGGUAUGAGGAGGUCCGGGAAACAAGUAAAUGUAAGAGAAGUGAUGAAAAGAUGGAAUUGUUUUUAACUGUUUUUUCUUUUUUGUACUUUGUAUUUUUCUUUUUUCUAUUGUUAUUUUUCUUAUCAAUGUAAUCUUUUUCUUUUGAAAUUUUAAUAAAUAUCAUUU